AUGCUUAAAGCCGGUCGUCUCGACCGCAAAUACAACGGUAUCAUCGACUGCUUCAGCCGAACCGCAAAGAGCGAAGGUGUUAUGGCUCUGUGGAGAGGUAACACGGCCAACGUCAUCCGAUACUUCCCUACCCAGGCCUUGAACUUUGCUUUCCGCGAUACCUACAAGUCGAUGUUCGCUUUCAAGAAGGAGCGCGAUGGAUACUGGAAGUGGAUGGCCGGUAACUUGGCUUCCGGUGGUGCUGCUGGUGCCACUUCCCUGCUCUUCGUCUACUCUCUCGACUACGCCCGUACUCGUCUUGCCAACGAUGCCAAAUCUGCUGCCAAGGGUGGCGGUGAUCGUCAAUUCAACGGCCUUGUCGACGUCUACCGCAAGACUCUCGCCUCUGAUGGUAUCGCUGGUCUCUACCGUGGUUUCGGUCCCUCCGUUCUUGGAAUCAUUGUUUACCGUGGUCUUUACUUCGGCAUGUACGACUCGAUCAAGCCUGUUCUCCUUGUUGGUCCUCUUGAGGGCAACUUCUUGGCCUCAUUCAUGCUCGGCUGGGGUGUCACCACUGGUGCUGGUAUCGCUUCUUACCCUCUUGAUACUAUCCGUCGUCGCAUGAUGAUGACGUCUGGCGAGGCCGUCAAGUACAAGAGCUCUCUCGAUGCCGCCCAGAAGAUCAUGGCCGCUGAGGGUGUCCGAUCAUUCUUCAAGGGUGCUGGUGCCAACAUCCUGCGUGGUGUCGCUGGUGCCGGUGUGCUCUCCAUCUACGACCAGGUCCAACUUCUCAUGUUCGGCAAGAAGUUCAAGGGCGGUUCCGGCUAA